CGCGGGCGGCGCGGCCAGGACUUUGGCUUUGACACGGACGGCGAGCUGGAGCUGUGGCUCUGGUGCUGGGCACCGACGCGGUCCUGGCGGAUCCCGCGUCCGAGUCGGGCGCAGGACUUUUCGCCUCGAUCAACGCAACUGCGGCGACGCCGCAAGUCCUGGUGCAGCCUCAAGACUUGGUGCAGCCACGGCGGCCGGAUUUCGCCGCCGCUGCCGCCUCCGCGCAGCCCUGCAGCUCCUGCCGGCUCUGGGAGAGCGACUCUGAGAGUUUCUCCCGCAGAAAGAGCCGGGACGCGCGGCCCGAGGAGGCCCAGCCACUGACCCGCACACGCGCGGGCACCAGGAUUGGAGGCGGGGGGCCCGCGCAGUCCUGGGUUGGGCUCAGGCUUCAGAGCCUCAGGUGGAAGGACGCCCCGGGGGAGCAGCGGAGAGGUGGGGCGCGGGGACCGGCGGCGGGUCUGGUGGGGGUCGAUAAAACCGCUUCUCGGUACCUGCCCUAGUAAGGGCGGGAUUCCCAAGUUGCAGGUGGUGCUGACUGUCAGGAGGCGGGGUGGGCGUGGGGGAUGCUCUCUCCCUUCUGCCCGGGCCCAGGUGGGGGCGACCUAAGGGGGGAUGGCCUCAUGGCUGCGAGAAGUGAGAGAGGCAGAGACCAGAGAUGUGGGCUGAUGAGGAUAGGUCUCUUUGCAAGAGAAGCAGCUCAUAGCCUUUUUGGACCCUAGUGUGACAAAAACCACAUCUCUCCAGAGGAAAAUCCAUAUGGGCCAGCCUCGUGCCUGUUCAGGAGUUCACGGACGGGCCAUCAGCCUGGGACUCCUGGUUAAAACUCCUGCUCUAGUUAGGGAGUGCAAUGCAAACUGAUUACCUGAUUCAAUCGAUUUGUGUGCUUAUUAAUUUGUUUUCCAGGUGGCCAAGUGAAAGGUACUUUUGGACACCCUGGGCAUGGAGAUUUAGCGUUUGUCUUUGGUAACCGUUUCAUUCCCUGCAUCCUGAACCUUCCCUCCUUCUGUGCCAGUAAGGUUGUUGGGCUUCCUCCCUAGCCAGAGAGUUCUUCUGUGGGGGUGAGGCCUUCCCGGGCCACUGACCCUGGCCAGCAUGGGGAGCACGCUGGGCUGCCACCGCUCCAUACCGCGGGACCCCUCGGACCUGUCCCAUAACCGCAAGUUCAGCGCUGCCUGCAACUUCAGCAACAUCCUGGUGAAUCAGGAGCGGCUCAACAUCAACACGGCCACCGAGGAGGAGCUGAUGACCCUGCCUGGUGUGACCCGUGCAGUGGCACGCAGCAUCGUGGAGUACCGGGAGUACAUCGGUGGCUUCAAAAAGGUGGAGGACCUGGCACUGGUCAGCGGCGUGGGUGCCACCAAACUGGAGCAGGUCAAGUUUGAGAUCUGCGUGGGCAGCAAGGGCAGCUCUGCGCAGCACUCUCCCAGCUCCCUGCGGCGAGACUUGCUGGCGGAGCAGCAGCCUCACCACCUUGCCACGGCCGUGCCCCUCACCCCGCGUGUCAACAUCAACACGGCCACCCCGGCUCAGCUGAUGAGCGUUCGAGGCCUCACGGAGAAGAUGGCUGUCAGCAUUGUGGACUACCGCCGCGAGCAUGGGCCCUUCCGCAGCGUGGAGGACCUAGUGAGGAUGGGCGGUAUCAAUGCUGCCGUCCUCGACAGGAUCCGGCACCAGCUGUUUGCAGAGAGGUCCAGGCCCCCGUCUACCCACACCAAUGGAGGCCUGACCUUCACCGCCAAGCCUCACCCCAGCCCUACCUCACUAAGCCUGCAGAGUGAGGACCUAGACCUACCACCAGGGGGGCCCACCCAGAUCAUCUCCACCCGCCCUUCCGUGGAGGCCUUCGGAGGCACAAGGGAUGGGCGGCCAGUGCUGAGGCUGGCCACUUGGAACCUGCAGGGCUGCUCAGUGGAGAAGGCUAACAACCCUGGGGUGCGAGAAGUGGUGUGCAUGACACUCUUGGAAAACAGCAUCAAGCUUCUAGCUGUGCAGGAACUACUUGACAGAGAGGCCCUGGAAAAGUUCUGUACGGAGCUAAACCAGCCUAUCCUGCCCAACAUCCGCAAGUGGAAGGGGCCCCGGGGAUGCUGGAAGGCCGUUGUUGCUGAGAUGCCCUCCACUCAGCUCCAGAAGGGGGCCGGGUUCUCUGGAUUCCUGUGGGAUGCUGCGGCUGGGGUAGAGCUGAGAGACGCCACCUCGCAGGAAAAUUCGCCUGGUAAUGGGCACGGGAAGCCGAUGGGGCCCAGCCUGUACCUUGCGCGGUUCAAGGUGGGAAGUAAUGACUUGACCCUUGUGAACCUUCACCUGGCGGCCCUGACCCUCCCAGGGGGCGAGAAUCCAAGCAGGAAUCACAGUGACAGCCACCGCUUGGCUGGCUUUGUACAGACCUUGCAGGAAACCCUGAAAGGAGAAAAAGACAUGAUUUUUUUAGGGGAUUUUGGCCAGGGUCCUGACAGCAGUGACUAUGAUAUCUUGAGGAAAGAAAAAUUCUACCACCUGGUCCCUGUGCACACCUUCACCAACAUCAGCACCAAGAAUCCCCAAGGCUCAAAGUCUCUGGACAAUAUCUGGAUCAGUAAAAGCUUAAAGAAGGUUUUCACAGGUCACUGGGCCGUAGUGAGAGAAGGCCUCACGAACCCUUGGAUUCCAGAUAACUGGUCCUGGGGCGGAGUGGCUUCUGAGCACUGCCCCGUGCUGGCCGAGUUGUACGCCGAAAAGGAUUGGAACAAGAAGGAAGGCCCUCGGAACGGCAACGGGGUCCCCUUGGAGCGAAGUGAAGCCCACAUUAAGCACGAGCGAUGAUGGUGCCCAGUCUGUCUCUCCCGCUCUGAGCCUGGAGGGCCCCAGGCGAGGGAGUUCACCCUUCUAGGUGAAGAUGCAGAGCCAGAACUGCGGUUUUGGUUUUCAGCCAGACAACACUAGCCCCUGGGCCUCAACCUGCCUGCCUUCUUUGUGGAUGUUCUUGGACCCUCAGAAGCACAGUGGGGAACCGAGAUGUCUUGUAAUCCGGGGAUGCCGUCCACCUCCGCAGACGCGGGCCAGUUGCUGCCCCUGGGUGGCGGCAUGCACAGAACCAUAAUGGGGCUGAUGGGGCAAGAGAGGGCGGUCUUAGGCCGCCAGGCCGGGUCUGAGCCAUGCCAGAAGCGCUUGUUUCUGACCACCGGUCCAUGAUGCUCUGGCAGCAGAUUGCAUAAAGCUUUUAACUGUGAUUGAGCUGAGCACUCUUCUCAAAUAUUUUGAGUGGUGACUUUUAGUUUUGUUUUGAAAAAAUAAACAGACAUGAACCUGCCUGGUUGCGGUGAGCGUCCCGGGGGUGGGUUCCUGAGCUGCGGGUGUUCUGUGCCCGCUUCCAGUGCCUCUGUGAGGCUGUGAUCCAGGGAGCCUGCUCCUUUACACCCCCCACUUCGCAGAGAUGCCUCUCACACCCCUGUCAAUCCCCUGAGGUCACCAGAAAAUCUUUCUAUGACCUUCUCCCUCCCAGCCUGUUCUUCAUUUUCUGACCCCUUUGCUAGACUGUCUUGUACCUCGAGCA